UAUACACUCUCAAUACUCCUUACUCAUCACACACAAAUACACAAUGCUCCAUUAGUCCUAUUCACAGUGAAGCAAAGAAGAAAAAAAAAAGAGGUUGAAAAAGGGUUGAGACAACAUGGGCGUUGAUUACUAUAAGAUUCUUCAAGUGGAUCGCAACGCAAAAGACGAUGAUCUUAAAAAGGCUUAUCGAAAGCUUGCUAUGAAGUGGCAUCCUGAUAAAAACCCUAAUAACAAGAAAGAUGCUGAAUCCAAGUUCAAAACCAUCUCUGAGGCUUAUGAUGUUUUGAGUGAUCCACAAAAGAGAGCUGUUUAUGAUCAGUAUGGUGAGGAAGGGUUGAAAAAUCAGGUGCCACCACCGGGUGCCAGUCCUGAUGGGCCUAAUAUGUAUAAGUUCAAUCCUCGUAGUGCUGAUGAUAUCUUCUCUGAGAUAUUUGGCUCGUUUAGUGGGAUGGGAGAUAUAGGAGGGUCUCGUGCUGGUGGUCCUGGGUUUCAGAGGGGUAUGUUUGGGGAGGAUGUAUUUGCUUCGUUAAGGAAUAAUGGCACGGAGGGUAGUAUGCCACAGCGAAAAGGGGCAGCGAUAGAGAGGACAUUGCCGUGUAGUCUUGAGGAUUUGUACAAGGGGACUACUAAGAAAAUGAAGAUUUCAAGGGAUGUAAUUGAUGCUACUGGGAGAGCAGCCACAAAGGAGGAUAUCCUUACAAUUGAGAUCAAGCCUGGUUGGAAGAAGGGAACAAAAAUCACUUUUCCAGAGAAAGGGAAUGAACAACGUGGUGUUAUACCGUCUGAUCUUGUUUUCAUAAUAGAUGAAAAGCCUCAUAGCAUCUUCAAGAGGGAUGGAAACGAUCUCAUUGCCACCCAAAAGAUCUCUCUGGCAGAAGCAUUGACAGGUUGCACUACACAGCUUACUACCCUUGACGGCCGUAGCUUAACGACACCCAUCACUUCUGUCAUCAGUCCUACCUAUGAAGAAGUCAUAAAAGGGGAAGGAAUGCCAAUCCCCAAGGAACCUACUAAAAAAGGGAACUUAAGACUUAAGUUCAACAUCAAGUUCCCUGCAAGGCUCACAGCUGAGCAGAAAACCGGAAUCAAGCGAUUGCUGACUUGAUGGCCACUGCACUCCUGCACAGCUCUCUAAAACGGAUGUAUGCUAUAGUUUGUUUUCUUAAUACUUUCUGUCUCCUUUUGCACCUUUUGUAGAGGAAAUCAUUGUGCUGGUUUAUUCGGGAUUUUAUCAACGGAGUUAAGCUUUUCCAAAUCAUAUAUUACCAAAGCUAUAAAUUAUAUGACUUGUUUUAUGAA